AAGGUCCUCAGGUCUCUAGCAGAGAUAAUCUAAUAAAGUUUAUGGGAAGGAAAAAGACAGUUCUUACGAUUUAAUAAUUUAAUAGAUAAUUUAGAAGAAAACAAGUAUCAUGUGGUCCUAUAUUAUAUACACAUCAUCAGCCAUACUCGCUACAAUAUUUACUGGUUCUAUACUUCUAUUUUAUACAAGUCCUAAACAUAUCAUGUUUUUACUUUUAAAAUUACAGACUAAAAGAUGUGGAAUGUCAGUAAAGUUUGUUGGUGAUGAGAAUUAUAUGUAUUGUUAUGGUGAGAGAGGCUCAAAAAAUCCCAAGAAAACAAGUAUUUUGAUGAUACAUGGUUUUUCAGCCAGUAAAGAUAUGUUUCUAGGCCUUUAUAAGAGACUGCCUUCAGAUGUUCAUUUAAUAUCUAUGGAUCUACCUGGUCAUGGUUCAUCAUUUACUCCAAAGCCAGAUGAUGAAAUAGGAUUAAAAUAUAUGGUACAUCAUAUACACAGGUUUGUAAAAUUAGUUGGGCUAUAUGAAUCUCCAUUUCAUUUAAUUGGUACAUCGCUUGGUGGAGCAAUAGUUGGUCAUUUUACAAUGGAAUAUCCUGAACUAGUGGAUAGGUUAUCAUUAAUCUGUCCGGCAAUGAAAACACCAGAAGAAAGUAUAUUUUCUAAGACAGCUAAUGAAGCAUUAUUAAAGGGGAUUGAAAAUGUUGAAUAUAAAGAUUUAAUAUUAUUACCUGUAACACCUAGUGAAGGUCAGAAAAUGUUUGAUUGUGUUGUUUAUCAUAAACAACUUAUAAAUAAACAGGUCUUACAAGGCCUGAUGGAUCUGAGAAAACCUAAAAAUGAAUUCUUUUUAAGCUUAUUUAAAGCUCUAGCUAAAGAAGACUGUACAUCAUUAUUAGAAGAUAAAGCCAGUGAAAUAAAAUGUCCUACACAGAUUAUAUGGGGUAAACAUGAUGAGGUUAUUGAUGUCAGUGGUGCUGAAGUUUUACAUAAAAAGUUAGCUAAUUGUAAACAUAUAGAUAUUAUAGAACGUGCUGGGCAUAGUAUUUUAUUAGAUAGACCUGGAGCUCUAACAAAAUCUCUCUUAGUAUUUAGAGGAGAAUAUUCAUAA